AUACAUUGCUAGCAACAAAAUACAAUAGGUUUUUGGGAGGGUUUAAGGCAGCCUCCAUUGCCAUACACCUUCUCCUUCCUCUUCUCAAAAGUCUUUCAUUUCAAUGCUAGAAAUCUUUCCACACUUUCCCUUACCUUUCUUUCAGCUUAUAAGUCAUUUGGAAUAAUUUUUUUUUUUUUUUUAAGAAAAUAUGUGGAGAUACAUAUCAAAACAAGCUUAUUCAAGAAAGUUCAAGAACUCCAGUGAUUCAUAUUUUCUUGGUUUUUCUCAUACUUUUGGAAAAACUACAACUUUACAAGGCUUUUGUAAAGAAAAUCCCAACUUGGGUAUUUCUCAAAAUUCAAUCUUUUCAAGAGUUAAUGGAAAAAUUAAGCAUGAAAAUCCCAAAUUGGGUAUGUCUAAAGAUUCAAUUGUUUCUAGAAAAAGUAGGCAUUUAGAUGGUAAUUUUGAAGAAAGUCAUAGAAAUCCCAGCUUGGGUGUGGCUCAAAAUUCAAGAUUUUCUAGUGUUAAUGGAGAAAAUAGACCUUUACAAGGCCUAUGUGAUGGAAAUUCCAACUUGGGAAUGUCGAAAAAUUCGAUCUUUUCUAGAAAAAGUAGGCAUUUAGGUGGAAUGUUUGAAGGUAGUUUCAAGAAUCAUCACUUGGGGUUCUCUCAAAGUUUGAUUUUUUUGAGAGUAAAAGGAGAUUUUCAAGUUUAUACUAGUAUGGGUUGUGGAUCUUUAGGAGGUUUAAGGAGUUAUGGUAGUGCUGCAGAGGCGAUUGCGUCUACGUCUGAAGAAGAUAUUGAUGAGAUUCAAGAGUUAAUAGAGGAAAUGAACAAAGAAAAUGAGGCUUUGAAGAGCAGUUUGCAACCAAAGCAACCGAAAACGAUAGGUGGGAUGGGGAUUGGAAAGUACAAUAUUCUUAGGAGAAAGCAGAUAAAGGUAGAAACCGAAGCAUGGGAAGAGGCAGCUAAGGAAUAUCAGGAGUUGUUGAUGGAUAUGUGUGAGCAAAAGCUGGCACCAAACUUGCCUUACAUGAAAUCGUUGUUCUUGGGUUGGUUUGAGCCAUUGAGAGAUGCUAUAGCUGCUGAUCAGAAGUUGUGUGAUGAAGGUAAGAACCGCGGGGCAUACGCUCCCUUCUUUAAUGAAUUGCCUGCUGAAAUGAUGGCUGUGAUUACAAUGCACAAGUUGAUGGGGUUGUUAAUGACGGGUGGAGGAACGGGUAGUGCUAGAGUGGUGCAAGCUGCCUCUCACAUUGGCGAAGCAAUUGAGCAUGAGGCCAGAAUAUAUAGAUUUUUGGAGAAGACCAAGAAAAACAAUGCAUUGAGUGAUUCCUUGGAAGAAACACCUGGUGAUAUAAUGAAAGAAAGAGAGAGGCUGAGAAAAAAAGUAAAAAUGUUGAUGAAGAAACAGAGGCUCCUGCAGGUUAGAAAGAUUGUGAGGCAGCAAGAUGAUGAAAAACCUUGGGGCCAGGAAAAUCUUGUCAAGGUUGGCUGCCGAUUGAUUCAGAUAUUAAUAGAAACCGCCUAUAUACAGCCUCCAAAUGACCAGUUAGAUGAUUGUCCUCCAGAUAUUCGGCCAGCAUUUGUGCACACUCUCAAAACCGUAGAUACAGUGAAAGGCAGAAGGAGAUAUGGUGUGAUUCAAUGUGAUCCACUUGUUCGUAAAGGCUUAGAUAAAACUGCUAGACAUAUGGUGAUUCCAUAUAUGCCGAUGCUGGUUCCUCCACAGAAUUGGACAGGUUAUGAAAAAGGUGCAUACUUAUUUUUACCAUCAUACAUUAUGAGGACACAUGGAGCAAAACAGCAGCGUGAAGCAGUUAAAAGAGUUCCAAAGAAGCAAUUGGAACCUGUAUUCCAGGCACUCGACACUCUUGGUAAUACCAAAUGGAGGGUGAAUAAAAGGGUACUUGGCAUAUUAGACAGAAUAUGGGCUAGUGGAGGCCGUCUAGCUGACUUAGUAGACCGGGAAGAUGUACCUUUACCUGAAGAGCCAGACACAGAAGAUGAAGCAGAAAUCAAGAAAUGGAAGUGGAAAGUUAAAGCUGCGAAAAAAGAGAACUCCGAGAGGCAUUCUCAGCGGUGUGAUAUUGAACUCAAACUAGCUGUUGCACGGAAAAUGAAGGAUGAAGAGGGUUUUUAUUAUCCGCAUAAUCUUGAUUUUCGUGGUCGUGCAUACCCUAUGCACCCGUACUUGAAUCAUCUUGGCUCUGAUUUAUGCCGCGGCAUCCUCGAAUUCUCUGAGGGGCGCCCACUUGGGAAGUCCGGUUUUCGCUGGCUGAAGAUACAUCUAGCAAAUUUAUAUGGUGGUGGUGUUGAUAAGCUAUCAUAUGAAGGUCGUGCAGCAUUCAGUGAAAACCAUGUGGAGGAUAUUUUUGACUCUGCAGACAGGCCACUGGAAGGAAAGCGUUGGUGGCUGGGAGCGGAAGAUCCUUUUCAAUGCUUAGCAACAUGUAUUAAUAUAGCUGAAGCAUUGAGAAGCCCUUCUCCAGAGACCACUAUAUCUCAUAUGCCUAUUCACCAGGAUGGUUCGUGCAAUGGGCUACAACAUUAUGCUGCCCUUGGUAGGGAUAAGUUAGGAGCAGCUGCAGUCAAUCUUGUUGCUGGAGACAAGCCUGCUGAUGUUUACUCUGGAAUUGCUGCUCGAGUUCUUGAUAUUAUGAAGAGAGAUGCAGACAAAGAUCCUGCAACAGAUCCAAAUGUGAUGCGUGCCAGGCUGUUAAUUAACCAGGUGGACAGGAAGUUGGUCAAGCAAACAGUGAUGACAUCAGUGUAUGGUGUCACGUAUAUUGGUGCUCGUGACCAAAUCAAGAGAAGGUUGAAGGAACGUGGUGCCAUUGACGAUGAUAAUGAGUUGUUUGCAGCAGCUUGUUAUGCGGCCAAAACCACCUUGACUGCCUUAGGAGAGAUGUUUGAAGCUGCCAGAAGUAUGAUGAGUUGGCUUGGAGAUUGUGCAAAGAUUAUAGCCAUGGAAAACCAUCCCGUACGAUGGACUACUCCACUCGGACUUCCUGUUGUGCAACCUUACCGCAAAUUAGGAAGGCAUCUUAUUAAAACUUCUCUUCAGAUUUUGACAUUACAGCGUGAAACAGAUAAGGUUAUGGUUAAGCGACAGAGAACAGCAUUCCCUCCAAAUUUCGUUCACUCUCUCGAUGGUUCCCACAUGAUGAUGACUGCCAUUGCCUGCAAAGAAGCUGGCUUAAGUUUUGCAGGAGUGCAUGAUUCAUACUGGACACAUGCGUGUGACGUUGACCAAAUGAACAGAAUUUUGAGAGAAAAAUUUGUUGAACUCUACGACGCACCCAUACUGGAAAAUUUACUGGAGAGUUUUCAGCAGUCAUUCCCUGACUUGCAGUUCCCGCCAUUACCGGCGAGAGGUGAUUUCGAUCUAAGAGAAGUUCUGGAAUCUCCCUAUUUUUUCAACUAGUCGAGCAGCCUUAUUUUUCGAUUUUUGUGUGGUCUGGUACUUGCUUUCUCCCCUACAAUGACAAGACUCGCGGGAUCUUAAAACUCUUGGAUCCGUCGCGUUAUGACAACUGCUGCGCUGGAAGUCAAGAAACACGAGCCUAUACUGACACACUUUGCUGCAGAACGCGGCAUUGACCAUACACAUUGGACAAGCCUAGAUUUUUCUGGGAUGAGUCAGGUUGCUAAGCGUAUACGCUAUUGCACAUAAGCUGCUGCUCUACGAAAAGUUGUACCGAGUGAAAGCAGUCGGCUAAUGGUUUCAAUGAAGUAUUAUUCGCGUACAAGCAUGUAGAGGCAGGCGUACGCUAAAGCGAAAACGCCUCCAACAUUUAUACUUGGCAAUGAACCACCUAAUGAAGACUGACCUAGAUGACUCAACAGAAUACUGAGUAGAACAGUAAGAUAAUAGCUUCUUCCUUUUUUUUUCCCUCAAUAAAAAUCUCAUCAUUAUUAUUAUUUGCUUUUUGUACCCCAUUUAUAUAGCAGGUUGUAUAUAGCUUUUAUAGUGAAAUUUCACCUCAUUUUUUAUACCUCAUCAUCUUUAUCCAGAGCUUUGUUGUAAUAAGAAUACAGUUACACAGAUUUUUAAAUAGAAAGAAGUUAUAUUCUUCUUCUUGUUCA